CGUCCUCGGCCCAACCAUAUUUGCCGGCCGCAUGCAGAGAGGACGCUAAUCAGGAGGUAGAACUCCUCGAGCAAACCUCGCUCCCAAGGUCUGCGCAGACCAAGCAGGCUACUUCACUUGGAACUGCUCUCGCCAUCCCGGUCGCCUGUUGAUCGCACAGACGGCUCUUUGCGCACCGCAUAAUGCACCAUGGCCGAAGUGCGUUCCUUUACCAGUCCGCCGCCGUCACGCUACCGAUCGCAACGACAGAAGCAUGCGUCCGUUGAAGCAGAGCAGCAGCAACAGCAGCAGCAGCAUGGAGUGGCAGGAGACGGCGGUCUGGCCAGGAGCCAGUCGCGGUACCACCGCAAGCAAGGUGGCACGGCGGUGAGUCCACCAGAGACGCGGCCAGCCUCGCAGGAAACGCCAGCGAGGUACCACAGUAAACACCGCAGCUCGCCAUUGAAACCACUAUACCAAGAGCAAGUCGUGCAGGCCCCACGGCUGCAGGCUACGAGAACCACCUCCAGCGAAAACUACACCACCAACGUAUCAUACGUAGCGACGCCUCCAGCAGGACUGGGCGCCCACGACCCCAGCAGACACAUAAGCAGCGACGAUGAGCGGGACUCAGAAGUAGACAGUCGACAGCAUUCCAGAGACAGACCUAGCAGAACCAGAUCUAAUGAGCAACCACAAACGACAACUUUGCCACUUUACCGCCAUCCUGAGGGCCCUGCUGUGACGGGAGAAUUGUUCCCGCGUCCAAUGGAGGUUGCUGAACCUAUUCGGCAUGAUGGGCCUCCCCAGUCUGGGAAUAUCCGCGCGACGCAGAGUUUAAGCGAGCUGCCUCAGUAUCCUGUGAACGAGAACACGGGUUGUUUCGGUGGCUUGUUCAAGCGCAGAAGAGGAGACGCGACGUCAGGGACUGUGAGCAAGAGCGCGAUCACUCGGCCAGCGGCUGCUAAACACAACGAGCCUAUUCGCCCGGGAGGCGGUGGCGUGGUUCCUGGUAUCGACGCGCCAAAAUCGGCAGUCAACGCAGGCGAUCGGAAAGUUCUGGUGGAAUGUCGUAAGGAACAAAGGUGGUUCUCCGUGACGCCAGAGACAACUUCCACCGAUAUCAUCAAGACAGCGGCUACUGUCAUGUCAGAGCGAAUCGAUAUCAGGUCUGCAUUGCUGGUGGAGAUCUUCAGAAGUGUCGGAGUGCAACGACCCUUGCGCCGAUAUGAGCAGAUACGAGAUGUCCUGAACAGCUGGGAUGACGACGCGCAGAACAUGCUGAUUCUCGUGGAACCUGGAGCUGGCACCAUUGAACCUGAACUCACGAUCACGGGCGCACCAAUGGAUCGACCGGAAGGCGACACUUGGCUUAUGACAAGCUCGUACAGACCUGGUAAGUGGGAGAAUCGUUAUGUCACUUUGAAGCCGGAUGGGCAGAUUGUGCAGCAAAAAGAUCUGGAUAAGCCAAAAGAUGUAAGCAAUGUAUGUCAUCUCAGCGAUUUUGACAUUUACACGCCGACGACCGAGAGGAAGAAGGGCAAGAUCAAGCCUCCCAAGAAGUAUUGUUUUGCGAUCAAGAGUCAGCAGAAGACGACCAUGUUCGAGUCCACAGAAGAUUAUGUGCACUUCUUCUGCACAGCAGAUCCUGUCACGAGCGACAGCUUCUACAAAGCAGUCCAGAGCUAUCGUAGCUGGUAUCUGGUGAAUGUUCGGGGCGAAGGCAGAAAGGAGAAGCCAAAAGCUGCACCUGUGCUUCCCGCUGUGCCAUCGCAGAACUCUGGAGUGAAGAAGACAGAUCGGCAAACGAGCACUGAAUCCACCCAACACCAUCGUGUCCACGAGUCUAUGGAUUCGCACUACCAGCUCGGCUCAUUCAAGCCCUUGGUAGAUUUCGCCACGUUCGAGCAGCGGCCCCCAUCGGAAUCCAAUAGCGAUAAAGUCGGCUCGGGCGGUUUUGCGAAGUCUGCAGAUCAGUCCAAUACCAACGCACCACUUGCAAAACGUAGCAACACUGUCAAACUAUCGCAUCCACCAGGCACCAUGGCCAAUAGAGUUGUGCUUGACGAGGAUGAACCACUCGCAAAUCUAGGCCGAAGCACGUCGGUCAGCAAGCGAAGAUCCACCGAUCAGAACCGUCCUAAUACCAGUGAGUUCAAGGAUAGUGGUCUACUUGGCAGGAGCUACUCGCAGCGACGAAAGGAGAGCGAGCGAGAUGCCGAGCGGCAAGGGAGAGAAGACCAUCUGGGCAACUCCAGUGAACGUCUGCAACGAGCGUCCUCUACGCGCAAACACAACAGCAGUGGAGGCGACAUGCACCGCUCAAGCUCCACUCGUGACCCUAAUCGCAGUGGCGGCGGGCCAGGACAGCUCGAUCGAUCUGCAUCGCGGAGCCGAAAGCCUACUGGUCCUAUGAGCAAGCCAUUGAUAGAUCUUACGCCUGAAUACAAGGAACCACCUCAAUUCAAGAGCAAGGGUCGAGGACAUAAACCCGAUCGGCUUGGCGCCGGAGGUUUGAUCGAGGCUGCUACGACGCCCGAAGAUCCCUUGAACAUACCGCAGAAUACCAUCUUUCGUAACAACGCCAGUGGACAACACCAUCACACUGGAACGAUGCCUGGUCACAGUCAGGGACUUGUCGACAUCACACCUCAGCACAAAGAACCCGUCCAUCAUGCUGUCAGGAAAGGCCCUGCCAUCACCACCAUGUCUGAUGCUCGAAACGCAUCACAUGGUUCUCAACCUUCUCGUGAGGGUUUCACAGGAGAAGGUCUCCUUGCCAGUGGUCGACAAGGCUGGGGUACGGGAGACAAAGGUCGGGGCGUGAUUGACGGGAGUCGUGCAGGCGGGAAGCCUCUGGUGGACUUUAGUGGUGAGAGUCAGUAUUCCAAGGGAAGUUUGCUGAACAAGGUGGAGAAGGCUCAAGGAGGACCUUUGCCGAUUCCGAUUAUUGAUCGAGAGAAGAGGGACGACUGAUAAAGAAAAAAAAAUCACAGCCGAUUUCCUCAGUGAAGGGCAGGGCAGGGCAAUAAAUGCCGAAGUCGCGUAAUUUACUAUUUUUCGAUUCUCUGAGGAGAGACCUCAGCGAAAUGACACUCAUGCAUACCUUACCUACCUAGGUAUCAUCCAGUUACGGCAUACCAAAUGGAUAA